AUGCACAAUCACAUCCCAAUGACAAUGGCAGCGUAUCAUCCUUAUUCGAACCCGGAUUUCUUGAUGGACGGUAGUGAUCCAUCUGUUUCGCCGACUGGAUCAGAUCAAACUCAACAAGCGAACCCAUCAGAUUUAGGAGGUGGUGUUGGGAAAUGGAUAGGUGGUUCGAAAGCAGCACCUGUGAAAGCCGCUUGUCUGAGCUGCAGAACCAAGAAAGCUAAAUGUGAUGGGAAGCAGCCCGUCUGCGGACAGUGUGCGAGAAAGAAUCUGGAAUGUGUCUUUGUGAAAUCACGUAGAGGAGGUGCGAGAAAGAGACGUCCAGCCAUUGCACCUACUGCUCUUGCGGAAUUCUUAAAGAAGCUGGAUAGUCUGCUCAUGGCACCAAGUCUCGAUCAUGGUCCCUCGACUGAUGCGAGCGACAGCGAGAUCGACCCCAAUGAAGAUACUUCUGAAGUGGUCUUGCAGUUCGCCACUAGGGAAGAAGUGUUUGAACGUUAUUAUACCGAUGUUCACCCGUUCGUCACGGUCAUGCCACCUCGGACGUUCCUGCAAACAAUUUUACCCACGCUCCUUCCAUCGUCACCAUUCUUACUGGCGGUUCAAACCAUACUCGUUCUCGUGCCUCAUCCAAAAGAUCCUAAUUCCAAAUCUUCCCGUUCGAAACGUAUGCGCCAAGCAGCUUCGCAAUCCUUCGCUGAUCAAGCUAUGCGAUUGGUCGACCAAAUGUCAGAAAGUGGAAAUCUGAACAUUGAGUGUGUACAAGCUGUAUCCAUAGUAGCUUUGUGGGAAUGGUCAAGCCUGGGAAGUGUCUCCAAGAAUCGAGCACGUGCUCAACAAGCUGUUCGAUUAGCUAUGCAACUUGGUUUACAUGAAAUGGACAGAUACUCUCAAACACCUCUCGAUGUCAAUGUGAAUGAGAAUGGAAGGACUAUAGAGGGAGUGGAUUGGCAAAGAGACAUGGCGCGUAGAACAUGGUGGACGACUUACGUUUGUCAAUUGACGGCAGCUCUGGUCACUGGACAACAACCCAUCGUAGGACCUGAUGAUCCGGGAGUCUUUGUCAAUUACCCUAUAUGCCAAGUAAUGGAUCGCUCUUGGGAGAAUUUCAUCGAAACUGUCAAACAGACCCUAAGAGUGGCCAAUCUAGUCACAAGCGUCUAUUUCCCAGAUCUUGCGAAUAACGGCGGAGCUGAAAGUGGUCUCUUUUCGGCGAAUCAUGCAACUCAUACAACAGAUAGCGCUGGAGUGAGGGAGAAAAUGUACGAUAUGGAUAAGAAAAUCAUGGAUCUCAUCAAACAAGCGGAGAAAACUGCAGUAGUCGAUCUGGUACCCGGUGGAGAAGAAGAAGUGACUAGAAAUCAACAACUUCAAGCUAGACUCGGUUUAGCGGUCGUACAUAUCCACAUUCAUAGAUGGCAAGCUUUCCCGGAAGUUUCACUCUUCAGUAAGAAAAUAUGUGGUUUACCUCAAGCUCCUGAUUUUGUCGAUUCUCCUGCGACUCAAGAAGGUUACAUCGAUACUCCGCCUACUUUAGGUAAUCAAGGGAAUCACCAGCCUCUGACUUCACCUGGCAGACUAGUCUCUGGGAUAUCUCAACAAGACCCACAUAUGCCUUAUUCCGCUCCUGCUGUGAAUUACAUGACUCAUCAAGGAUACGACCAGAUGCUUUACACCAAUGGUCAGGGAUUAAAUUCUGAUUCUAAUGGUGACUAUUCACAUGGUCAUGAUAUAAAUCAGUAUGUCGAAAAUGCCCUUCAACCAAGUGAUUGGACGUCUUACGAGAAUUCUAGUGGGGCCGAUGGGGUAUACAAUUAUGGAAUGGUUGAUGAUAUGUGGGCACCGGAAACGUAUCCCGAAAGUUUACCUGCGCCAUGGUUCUCAUAUCCUGGUGGAGCAGCGAACUUGUACGCACCGGUACAUCAAGAACCUCAUCAUUAUCCUGAAAUGACAGCUUCCAUCGUACCUAUUCAAACUCCCCCACCUUUAAACCAAAGAUCUUCAGUAACACCCUCGGAUGCAGAAUCAAACAGCAGAAGAGUCUCACUUGGAUCUUCAAGUAUUGCAGGUUCGAAUAAACCGCACAAAGCUUGGGGUGUAGAUGAUAAAUCUGAUAAAGUGUUACCACCACCUGAUGUUCAGAAAUUAGAUGUUUUCCCUCCAGGUAUAAGUUUGGCAAGAUGUGCUACAGCUGCUCAUACCAUCGUGAGAUUGGAAGUGCUUCAUAGAUCUGCUGUCAUAGCAAUGUGGGAUGGACCUCCUAAAUGGCCACCAUUCUGUUCAUGUGGUUUAGUAACAGGUGCCUACGCUUUCUUACUCCUUGCACUGGCGGUACAAGCGGAAAAUACAUUCAGUGGAUAUACCAACUCUAGGUCGGAAGAAGUAGAAGCUCUUCUGACCAAUGUCAAAGUUAUCUUGGCUGGGUUGGAAGCUUAUGGAACUAUGUGGGCUGGUAUCGAUACUAUGGCGGGAGAAGUAAGAGCGGCUCUGGAAGCAGCCACCCGGCUACCAUUCGAAGUAUCCACUCAGAUUGAGAAUGCAGGAACUGCUUCUCCAAGUACUCAAGGUGGAAGAGAUUGA